AUGAUUCCGGCGAGGAGAUUUUUGCUAUCUCCGUUUUUUGGGAUCACGUUGAUCGUCGUUCUCGUAGCUCUCUACUUCAGAUCUUCCCUCAAGUCUCCACACCACCAAGUACUCACUUCUCUUCUUUUAACUAUCUUCCUCUUUCUGGAAAAUCUCAAAGUCGACACGAGUUACCUCGAGAUCAAACCAAUGAAGUUUAUGUACUUUCUGAUUGAAACCAACGAAAGGUUAUUCUCUGUUGAAGAAUUGGCAUUGUACAAUGGGACUGAUGAAACGUUACCUAUUCUCUUAGGGAUUCUUGGAUCUGUGUUUGAUGUGACGAAAGGAAAAUCUCAUUACGGUAGUGGUGGUGGUUACAGCCAUUUUGCUGGAAGAGACGCUUCUCGUGCAUUUGUUUCGGGGAACUUUACAGGAGAUGGGCUUACAGAUUCAUUACGUGGGUUAUCUAGCAGUGAGGUGAAGAGCAUUGUUGACUGGCGAGGUUUCUACACCAGGACCUACACUCCUGUUGGGAAACUUGUUGGCCGGUACUACGAUAGCCAAGGGAAUCCAACUAAACAUCUGAAAGGAGUUGAAGCAAAAGCCUCCAGAGGUGAACAACUCAUGGAGAAACAAAAGAUUGAAGAAGCCAAGCAACCGAGUUGCAACUCACGAUGGAGUCAAGAUGAAGGUGGAGAGGUUUGGUGUGAUGUUGGAGUGCCGAGAUUGGUACAAAGACCUAUGGAGAUAGCGAUAACGGGCUCGAUGAGCAAACGUUGUGCUUGCUUUACGGAAGAUCAACUUGAUCAGUCUGGCUUGGAGAUUUAUAAAGACUGUGAACCUCUAGCUAAGAAAUGCAGGGUGUGA